ACCAUUUUUGUUUUUGGAAUGGCGUAUCAUUUCGGCGACGGUUGGUUGUUGAGAAAAAGGCUCCUUUUUUUUUCUUUACCUUCCAAGUGUUCGCCUUUUCAUUUUAAGUUGAGAUAGUGGGCGUAGCUUUGGGUGUGGUUGAGGGAGGCGAUCAUUGCCGAUUCCGGUGCUGUGAAGGUCAAACUUAAUCAGAGCGAUAUUUGUGUUUAUUCCGUAUUGCGCUUUCCUUUGUCUAGAAUAUGCCGCAUGCUUUCUGGUUAUUCUCUGUAGUUCUUUAAUUACGAGUUAUUUGGGAGUUCGGACAGGGAAAGUGAGCAAAAUCGAAACAUGGUCUUUCCGUUAGAAUGUUGUUGUCGCAUGUGUGGGUGAAUUGGAGAUUUUGUUGUUCUUCAAGGACCGUUGGAAAGUAGGAUGGAUAUUUGGGGGUCCUUAUUGCAGCCAAGACUUCCGCGGCGUGCUGCUUUUUACAUUUAGUAUCUUUUGUUGGAGCUAAUGGUCGAGUAGAGAUCACUCUGUUUAUGUUGGGAUUUAGGGGUCAGCUUUAAACAUCCUAAACUUGCAAUGCUAACGUUCCCUUGUUGCAUGCUGAUUUACCCUGAUGAAUGGUCCCUUUAAUCAGAUGUUAUUGGAGAUUCUUGGACUCUUGUGCGGCAAGUAAGGAAAAGGUAAUCAAGAGGAGAGGAGGAUUUAAUAAGCUGUGUAGCCUCUCUCCUCAGCUUCAAAGUUUUGUUGGAGAGUCUACAUUGGCCAGAACAGAGGUUGUGAAGAGAAUCUGGUGCCAUAUCCGACAGAAAAAUUUGCAAGAUCCGAGCAAUAGGCGUAAAAUAUUGUGCGAUGAAUCACUGCAUAAGCUUUUCAAUGUCAACUCUAUUGACAUGUUUCAGAUGAAUAAAGCCCUUGCCAAGCAUAUAUGGCCAUUAGAAGCCGACGAUGAAAAUGCAAUAAAGCAGACAAAGAAUGAGGAGUCCGUUGACUCUCAGUCAGAUGGAGAAGUCAGCAAUGCUAUCGAAGAAGCUGAAGAUGAUGAACGAAAUGAAAAUGAGGAAGGGGAAGAGAUGAAUGGACGGAGAAGCAAGAAAGGACGGUCUACUAAAGAGGAUAAAGGAGUUAAGAAAAGAGGUGGUGGGUUUAAUAAAUUGUCCAGCCUCUCUCCCCAACUUCAAGUGAUCACUGGGGUGCCUGAGCUGGCUAGAACAGAGGUUGUGAAGAGGCUUUGGGCAUACAUCCGGGCGAAUAGUUUGCAAGAUCCAAAGAAUAAGCAAACUAUUAUUUGUGAUGAAUCCCUACGGUCCCUCUUUUGUGUGGAUUCUAUUAACAUGUUUCAAAUGAAUAAAGCCCUUUCCAAGCAUAUUUGGCCAUUAAAUGAUGGAGAAGCGCCUGAGAAGAAUUCUCUGAAGGAGGAGACAUGUGAUUCAACAAGAGAUGAAGAUGAAGAAGAGCAGAAAGAUGAAAAGCAGAAGAAAAGAGGUUCUGGUUUUACUGCACCACUACCCCUCUCAGAUGCUUUAGUGAAGUUCAUUGGCACAGGUGAAAGUGCAUUAUCUCGAGCUGACGUCGUGAAGCGAAUGUGGGAUUAUAUAAAACAAAAUGAUUUGCAGGAUCCAUCGGAUAAGAGGAGAGUCAUAUGUGACGAGAAACUGAGGGAACUUUUUGAGGUGGAUUCUUUCACCGGGUUCUCAGUCUCAAAGCUUCUCACGGCGCAUUUUGUCAAAGGCAGGUGACUAAGGCUACUUGAAAUGUACAUAUUUGAAGCCCGCGAGAAGUGGGCAAUUUUGUUUAGCAACAAAUUUAUCAUUGUAGUCUAGUAGCUUGUAUUUUCCUCACUGACAAUAUAUAUGGUACUUGGGAUUUUGUUGUCCUA